AACUUCUUUCGCACCAGAAACUUUCGACAUCGUUGCUGACGUUCCGCUGCGCUCUACCUUGCUACACCUCCGCUUACCAGAAUGAUCAUUGUUUAGUCGCAACUGUGCUCAAGUCGAAUGCUUCUCGUGGCUGUAUCUUGAUAGUAAUGUCUUGACCUUGGAAAUGCUGCUUCCGCUCGUCGGGGCCGGAGUUGUUCAUCAACCCCGUUCCCAAUAUGGUACCUCCCAUCUUCCAAGGUCUGAAACGACCUUUCGCGACAACGCUGUUGGACUUUGGUCAGGCGAAUAUGGGCCCAGGAGGUCUGCGACAACUCGAUCUGCUCGCCCGUCUUGCUGACAACCCGUCCCCAAAACGACGCCAGAACGGCUCGCCGGUACACGAUGAACCAUGUCCAGCAGGUACUAGCUGUAAGUUCUCGUUCUCAACAAUUAAAACCAUACCUAAUCUCCAUCUAUUCAGCCGUGUCAAGCAGUGUUGCCUCUCCAAGUGCAAAUGUGCGAUUUGAUCCCGAUGCCUCCAUAGUGUUGGUGGGCAUGCAUGGCUCUGGCAAGUCUACGCUGGCCAUCAUCGCCUCUACAGCAAUGAAAAGACGAAUUGUAGAAACGGAAAAGGCCUUUCACGAAGCGACUGGACUCUCAACUACGGCCUUCAAGAAGACCCAUGGCAGUGUCCAAUACCAACAACGCCAGUACGGCGUGCUGCAAAGGAUUCUUUCCGCACAUCAGAAAGGCUGCAUCAUCGUCUCGUCCUGGAUGGAACCGGGCGCCCAACAUCUAUUCCAGGAAUUCAAAACUUCGCACCCCGUGAUCCAUAUUGUCAGGGAUCAGAAGGCAGUUGCCGACUAUCUACAGGUGGCGGACCAGGUCAAACUUCUGGAGUUGUUGAACUACUCAGCCAACACUUACCGAGCGUGUGUCAACUUGGAGUUCUUCAACAUUUCCGAGGAGCCUCUGGCGACGGACGACUCGACCAUCAUGGAGUCUACAGCACUGGACCCCAAUUGCGACCAGAAAUCGCCAGCGCCCUACUUGACUUUGAAACGAGCAGAAAGGCAUUUUCUCAAGUUUCUGUCGUUGGUUACGCCCAAGGGAACGAUUCCGUUCAUUGAGACAGCGUUUCCGCUUGCCUCGGUUCCAGCCGAGAAGCGACAGUUUACAUACGCCGUGUCCUUUCCGUUAUCGAAGUUCCUCACGGACUAUCUGAGGAUAGAGGACCUGGAGACCGGUGCAGACGCAAUAGAAAUCGUUCUAGAUGACGUCUAUUGUCGGCCGGAGGAGACCUCUGGUCUCGGUCCCGCUCGUGCGAGUCAAAUCAGCAGAAUCGUCGCGCACAUCCGGAGGAACGUCGUCAUCCCCAUUAUUUUCCAUGUCCCUUGGCCACGCCAGGGCAUAGCCACCGGUGCGCAGAAAACACGGUACAUGCAAAAUAUCUUACACGGGCUACUUCUUGCCCCCGAAUACGUCACUGUCGACCUGAGGCUAGACGAACAGUCUCUUUCUUGGAUCAUGGAUUGCAAGAAGAGAUCUGUAUCAAAAUAUAUCGGCACAGUGAACGUGCCCGAAAGUCAACCAUCUUCUUGGACCGAUCCGAUAUGGAUGUCCCACUACCAAAAGGCUCGUGACAUUGGAUGCGACUUGGUCCGGCUACUCCGACCAGCGACGCAGAUCGAAGACAACUUUGAGCUCAACCAUUUACGGCAUGCGAUCAGCGGCCUAGAACAGCCAGAGCUUCCGGUGAUCGCGUUCAAUACUGGGACCAAAGGCAGAAACUCGCAAUGCUUCAAUCAAAUCCUCACAUCGGUCAUUCCCGAGUCUCUGGUUGGAAUAAUGUCCGAGGACGACACGUCCUCAUCCUACAUCCCGCCAGCGAUAACUGCACUGCAGGCGACAAGGGCCCUUCAUUCGUGCUUCGUCAAUGAUGCUAUGAAGCUUUACGUGUUCGGCGCCAAUGUAGGAUACAGCAUGUCCCCGGCGAUGCACAACACGGCACUGAAGGCGUGUGGGAUACCACACGAAUACCGGCCGUACUCGACCGACUCGUUGAAAAACAUCCAGCAUCUGGUCCACGAUCCCCUAUUUGCCGGGGCGUCGGUAGGGCUUCCGUUCAAAAUCGAAGUCAUCAGUCUGACGCACUCGUUGAGCAGCCAUGCCAAAGCCAUCGGUGCCGUUAACACGCUUAUCCCCGUCCGGAGUUUGAACUCAGAUGGGAGCGUUCCGAACAACGCAAUCUUCCAUGCCAACAGAGCUGGUCCCGUCUUGGGUCUGUACGGGGAAAACACGGACUGGAUCGGCAUCAGGGCCUGUAUCCGACGGGGUCUGUCCCCCGCCAACGCCGUGCGCUCCAGCACAUCUGGACUUAUCAUCGGCGCCGGCGGCAUGGCCCGAGCAGCCGUCUACUCGAUGCUCCAGCUUGGAGUCAAGAACAUCGCCAUCUACAACAGGACUCCAUCCAACGCCGACAAGUUGGUGGCACAUUUCACAAGACUCCUUGCAAGGGACGACCUACCUUUGCUUAGUCCUAGUACCGACGCCGAAACCAUAUUCCACAUCCUGCGCUCUCGUGAUGAACCCUGGCCUGCCGGCUUCCGCCCCGCCACCAUGAUCGUCUCUUGUAUUCCAACGCACGCCAUUGGUGACAGCCCGGCGCCUCACUUCACACUUCCUGCGGCAUGGAUGCAGAGUUCCACGGGAGGCGUUGUGGUCGAGCUGGCUUACAAGUACCUGAACACGCCGCUGUUGGAACAGGUGCGGGCCGAGGCGCAUCGCGGAUGGGUGCCAAUGGAUGGCCUGGACUUAUUGCCUGAACAAGGGUUUGCCCAGUUUGAGCUUUUCACGGGGAGACGGGCGCCCCGGCGACUGAUGCGUGGUGAGGUCUUCAGGUCGUACCCUGAGGAGCAAGGCAAGUCGAAUCAGACGCAGCUCCAGCCGCGAUUGGAGAAUAUCGUUGAACAGGAGCCGUAGAAUGACGGACUUUGUGAUUCACGAUUCACGAUGCCAUAUGAGGUGAGGGCCUACGAUCCUUUGAAGUAAUCUGGUUGGCAAGCUUCCGGGCGUGAGACGGGGCCUAUCCCGUCCACAGACCGUGACUUCCAGUCCAUUCAGCUAGAUAUGUAGCACGAUAGACCUGGCUAGAAUAUGCAACAUGAUCC